UUCUGCGCCUGCACAGACACAUAUACAGUACAUCGAAGAACCCUCGUAAAACCCUAGUCUCUCUCGUUGCUUUAUAAAUCAAACAUUGUUUCAGCCUCUCUCUCUCGCUCACAAUCUCUCUAGCUUCAAAAACCCUUUAUCUCUUUCUAUCAUUUCUGCUAUGGAGUUUUGGGGAGUUGAAGUUAAAGCCGGAGAGCCACUACACGUUGCCCCUGAAGAUGGAGAACUCAUUCAUAUCUCUCAGGUUGCGCUUGGAGAAGUGAAGAAUGUGAAAUCUGCCAAUUAUGUGCCAGUUCGUUUGCAAGUCGAUGACAAGAAAUAUGUUAUUGGAACACUCUCAGCUGAGAAGGCUCCUCAAAUAAUGUUUGAUUUAGUGCUCGAGAAAGAUUUUACGCUCUCACAUGACUGGAAAGAUGGAAGUCUCUACUUUUGCGGUUACACUGCUGCUGCCGAGGGAGAUGAUGAUGAUGGACAAUUUGGUGAGGAUUUCUCGGAUGAGGACGAGAGUGAGGAUGAGGAGAUCAUUGAAAAGGGUAAACCUGUGGCUGAUGUCCAAGCAGCCGUACCUGCUAAAUCUAAGGCUGCUGCUGCCAAGGAAGGAACCUCUGCAAAGCCAAAGGUGACACUUGUGGAUCCCAAAAAAGAAGAUUCAGAUGAUAGUGAAGAUUCAGACGAAGAUAGUGAUGAUGAGUCUGAAGAUGAUCUAGAUGAUGAUGAUUCAGAUGAUGGCAUGUCUGAAGAUGAGGAGACACCUAAGAAGGUUGAGUCAUCCAAGAAAAGACCUUCAGGCUCUGAAAUUAAAACUCCAGCUUCUAUUAAGAAGUCCAAGACUGAAACCCCUCAGAAAACAGAUGGUAAGAAGGGUGCCCACACAGCAACUCCACACCCUGCAAAGAAAUCGGAUAAAAAAGCAGCGGAAACACCCAAAUCAAGUGGACAAGUCACUUGCAAGAGCUGUAGCAAGACAUUUAACUCGGAAAAGGGUUUGGAGUCUCAUUCAAAGGCAAAGCACGGUGGCAAAUAAAGUGUGGUUGCUCUGUAGUUAUUGCUGCAUUGGUCUUGCUUGGUCAGUUACGCUUAGAAGUAUGCUGAAGUGAGUUCUAGUGUUUGAACAUUGUCUGUUUCGAGGUUUUCUAUUAUAAUAUAUUAUCUCCUGUUUCCAAAUUUUCCAUAGUCUUGGAAAUGGUUAGCUAUUGUGAAUUGUUGAUCAACUGAGUUUGUACUUUUGUGUUGAAUAUCUAAUUUAUAACAUUGGAAUUCAACAGUUUUCCGAGAGAUAA